CGUCCGUGUACGCCAGCGCAUCGUCGUGCGACGUAAGGCGGAAGUUGCGGACCUCACAGCGGCAUUGGCAAAGAAUGGAUGAAGCCGAUGAAGACGGACAGGUUAUCAAACUUGGGAAACUUUCUGUACCUUGCAUUCAAGAAGAAUUUGACCUGACGGAUGCGCUUGAACUUCUUCAGAUUGAAAUAGAGCCUGUGGCCUUUAAGGAGUCCUGCACUGAAAAUGAGGGGCUUUACUUUUCUAAAAAUGUUUCAAGAAAGCAGAAAAAUUGGGAAAAAAUACUUGCUUCAAAGAAAAGUAAAAGAAAGGAAGAAAAACACAGAAGAAAAUUAAACCAUACUGAAAGAUCAGUUAAUUGUAAUCUGCACAGCAAGCGUGUCUUAAAGGCAAUAACAAAGGAGCGUCUCAGUGAGGCACGGUCUGGUGGGGUGAAGCUCUGCAUUGACUUAAGUAUGAUGCAGUACAUGUCUACAAAGGAAACUAGCCGUCUUGCUGCUCAGAUACGGAGGUUAUAUGGCUCCAAUAAGAAGGCUACAAAUCCGUUUCAUUUGUAUCUCACAGACUUUUCCGAAGAUAGUCUUCUCUACAAAGAGUGUGUGAGGAUGAAUGAUGGGUUUUUGAACUAUGUGAUGGAGAGAACUGAAGAAAACUGCCUCAAAAUAUUUCCACCGGAGUGUGUUAUUUACCUCACCCCUGACUCAGAGAAUGCACUGGAAUAUGUUGACCCUGAAAAGGUAUAUAUCCUUGGUGGCUUAGUGGAUGAAAGUGUUCAAAAGAGCUUAACCUACGAGAAGGCUCAAGAAUACCAGUUAUGCACAGCAAGAUUGCCAGUUGAGGAAUACAUGGUCAAAAAGGAGAAUGCCAAGAACUUCCACUCCCAGAUCUUAGCAAUUAACCAAGUAUUUGAUAUUUUAGUGGCUUUCUGUGAAAGUCACAGCUGGAUAGAGGCCUUUAAAGUUGGAUUCCCCGCAGGAAAAGGCUACACUCUUCGUACUGAAUUAAUCCAAUGUAAGGAAUGACACCAAAAUGUAAAAAAAAACUCUGAUGUGCAGGUAUCCAUCAUCAAGUAAAACUACUGUUACCAUCAGUCUCUACUCUACAAAAAUCAUGGAAAAUAGAAAGUAAAGAGAAUCCGUGAACAGGGUAAUUUUCUAGCGUCUUUAACACACCUGAGCCAAAGUGACUAUAACCAGACAACAUCAAUGGACCAAAAACCUCAUACUGUGGGCAGCAUUGCAGAAGUAACUGAAAUACUGUAAGUAAAUUACAUAAGACAAAUGAGAACUGUUGUUUAUAUAGUGAAUUUCAUGAUGAUCAAUUCCUUAUGAAUAAAACUUUUGUGAUAUAUGAAAUUUUGUAGCUUCACAACCAAAUUCAUAUAUUUAUAAUAGGUGUCCUUUCUGAGUGCCAGCCUAGCUUCAUUAAAAAUAAUAAUUCUACAUUUAUGUAGUGCUUUUUACACUACUGAAAUUACUUUACAUUAGUGAGUGAGGAUCCACUUCAACCAAGACUAAUGUGUAACAUCCACCUGGAUGAUGCGACAGCAGCCAUUCUUGUGCCAGUACACUCAACACACAUUAGCUAUUAGGUGGUACAGUGGUGACAGAGAGUUAGCCAAUUAGAGACAGGGGAUGAUUAGGGGGCCAGAAUGACUACUAGGCUGUGGAGGGCAAUUUAACCUGGACAUCGGGAUACACCCUGCUCUUUACAAAGGGACUAUCAGGGAUCUUUAAUGACCACUGAGAGUCAGGACCUCCGUUUUAUGUCUCAUCCGACAGAUGCCGCCAUUUUUACAGCGCAGUAUCCCCAUCACUGCACUGGGGGCAUUGGGAUCCACACACAGACCACAGGGUAAGCGCCCCCUGCUGGCCUCACCAACACCUCUUCCAGCAGCAACCCAAGCUUUUCCUAAAUGACCUACCAUAUAGGUACUGGCCAGGCCUGAACAGGCUUAGAUUCAGGUGAACGACCUCUUCUAAAGUGCAGCUGGUAUGGCUGCUGAAAUUGUUCAUAAUCGUUAUGAUAACAAUUAUUUAUUUUUUUUCUUCUGACAUAGCCUUCAUAGAGUUCCCAUCCAAGUAGUGGCCAGGGCCCAAACAUACUUAGCUUCAGGUGGAUGAUCUGUUCUGACGUGUAUAGGGUGGUCCAGAUCUAAUUAUGCAAUUUUCAUUACUCAAUAAUUUAAGUUUAUUACACGGAGA